UUCAGAUCCCGCUCCUCGUCUCCCCCGACCGUUAGGUCUAGAGCCCAGAGCCGCCUCCAAGCACAGACCGUAGGAAUCCACCCAGAAAUCAGAUCUCGAUUAGGGCUGUACCUUAGGAAUCAGCCUGCGAGGCUCGGAUCGGAAGGAAUCGGGGAAGAGGUGAGCAGAUCGUGAAGAGGCUCGGACCGGAAGGAAGAUCGGAAGGAAUCGGGGAAGAGGUGAGCAGAUCGUGAAGAGGCUCGGACCGGAAGGAAGAUCGGAAGGAAUCGGGGAAGAGAUCUGCGGAAGGGUAAGGAUUGGCGUGUGAGGGGAACGGGGAGGCAAGAACCUGAGGUAUCUUAGGAUCGUACGGGGUUUCGAAAGUUGCAAUUGGGCUCCCAAGAUGGUUGAAGUGAGGACUGUCAGCAGGACGGCGGUAGCCGAGCGCUCUGGUGGCGGGUUCUUUAUCAGGAGGGUGGAGUCUCCAGGAGCUGUGGUGGAGAAGGGCGCUGCCAAGCGGCUGGCUCGACGGCCCCUGACGCCAUCAAGCAACAAGGAGAACGUGCCACCAGCGUGGGCUGUGGCGACUACACAGAAGAGGAGAAGCACCCUGCCCGAGUGGUACCCAAGGUCCCCACUCCGUGACAUAACGUCGAUCAUCAAGGCUGUUGAGAGGAAAAACCUUCUGCGAGAUGCUGCGGCUCGGCAGCAGCUCCAGUGGACUGAAGACUCCUCAGAACCUGAGAAUCCAGCACAAGCAGAUCAGGAUGUUCAUCGAAGAACACCACCAACUAAUGGAACCCUGGCUGCUGCUGCUGUUGCCUCUGACCCUGCUGGCUCAGCUCAAGCUGUUGCAAGCACCUCAGCGACUUGUGUGGCUGAGGGCACGCUGAAGGCAGCAACUGGUGACUGCUCCUUGCAGACGCCAUCGAGACAAGGCAACCACCCAGCUCUCUCUGAUCUCUUGGAGAAGUUACUGGCAAGCUCCAUUGAACAGAUCGAGAAGAUGGUAUGCCAGAACCUGACGCUAGGUGAUCCCAAGGCUGCUCAGCCCUCCAAGACCCAGGCUGUGCAGAGGCGCACCCUGAUGUCUAUGCGAUGAGCUCGGUUAACCUUCUCCCUCUUGUCUGCCGCUUUCUUAGCCGCUAGUCCUAACCGCAGGUAGCAUUGUGCUAGUGUUUUGGCUUUAGGAUUCAGGGUUUUCAUGGUUCUCUGCUUGAGGACGUGGGGUGGGAGGACACUUGGCUCUCUGCUUGAGGGCAUAUAUGUAUAUAGCUUCUCUACGUUUUAUCAUCAUUCAGCUGAACUUCAUCCUGUGAAAUCAGUUGUUCCACUAUGUAGUAGAAAGACAAUGUGUUUUGAAUCUUAGCAGUAUGCCUCUUGUUAGCUGCAGUACAGGCAUUAUUCUGAGUGCCUUUGAA